GAAUAUUCCACGAACCGUAUCAACGAAUGCGCCGACCACAACAAUUAUUCGUACGGAUGUUAGCAUCUCAACAACCUCUCGAUUUCUUAUUCUUUUUAACUGCACCUAUAAACUUCCAGCUGUAGGUACACAGUAUUCUACUGCCAGUCGCAACAAAUCCAUCAUUCAACAGAAGUCGGCGUCCCAUCCUCCUCGUAGCUUUGUAGCUCACUAAGUCAACAUGGCGGAUCCUAAAUUGGUAUGGAACCCGGACAACGUUCGCGAUGUUGCCGAAUCAGUCGGCAUCUCACAAUUGGGCGAAGAGGCAGUGAGGGCAUUGUCGCAAGAAGUUGAAUACCGAGUCGGCCAGGUCAUUGUCGAAGCAAUGCGAUUUAUGCAUCAAGGGAAGAGAACAGUAUUGGGCACACAGGAUAUUUCACAAGCACUCAAAGUAUUGGACGUCGAGCCACUUUAUGGUUACGAAUCUACAAGACCACUGAGAUUUGGGGAGGCAAGCUUAGGUCCUGGCCAACCGCUCUUCUACAUUGAGGAUGAGGAAGUCGAUUUUGAGAAAUUGAUUAAUGCGCCUUUGCCAAAGGUCCCCAGAGAUAUGUCAUUUACUGCACAUUGGCUUGCGGUUGAAGGCGUUCAACCAUCAAUUCCACAAAAUCCUACAACAGCAGAAGCUCGUGCAAAUGACCUUGUGCCUAAAGGUCCUGGUGCGAAUCCCAAUCUUGGAGCUCUGGCUGGUAACGAUAAUGUCACGGUCAAGCCUUUAGUCAAACAUAUUGUGUCGAAAGAAUUAAUACUCUUCUUCGACAAGAUACGCGAAGCUAUUCUUGAUGAUGACGAUGAUCCGGAAGUCGUAACGUUACGAGAAGCCGCGUUGAAAAGUGUGGAAACGGAUACGGGUCUUCAACAACUGGUCCCAUACUUCGUUCACUUCAUUGCUGAGAAGGUCACUCAUUCUUUGAGCAAUCUCUUCGUAUUACAGACAAUGUUGAAAUUGGCACAUGUCCUUGUAUCAAACAAAAAAUUAUUCGUCGAGCCUUACAUAUCAAGUCUCUGCCCGCCUAUUCUUACAUGCCUUGUUGGCCGUAAACUUGGCACCGGAGCUCCAGAAGAGUUGAAAGAAAAAUAUCAAUUGCGAGACACGGCUGCAUCUCUCAUAGGCAUCAUUUCAAAGAAGUACACGGAAUCAAACGCACAACUUAGAGCAAGGUUGGCAAGAUCGUGUCUGAAAUUCUUCCUAGAUCCAACACGCUCUCCCGGAGAAUAUUAUGGAGCUAUCAGUGGACUUUUAGCAAUUGGAGGUCCCGAUGGUGUUAGAGCUCUGAUUCUACCAAACUUGGGCGCAUUUGAUUAUGUGUUGAACAAGUUGAGAACCGAUAGGACUGGUGAUGAUAAGGAGAUACAGAUGUUAAUCGCGGUAAUAAUGAAAGCGGUGAUGAGCCUCUCUGAAAAAACUGAAACACUCACGAAUGGUACAAACGGUACAAAUGGCAAUGGAGUGAAUGGAAUGAUGGAUCUAGAUGACGACGAAGGAAAGCAGCUUGAAGAAUUUCUAGGGCCCACCAUCGGGAAAAGGGUUCGGAAUGCGGGGGAUCAUAAAUUGAACAAGACAAUUUUGGAAGCGAGAGAAGAAUUAAAGACGUUGUAAUAUAUGGAGCUGCGUUUCGCAUCAUGGGCGUUUUAGGGUAUGUCUGGGAGGCAUGAAAUGGGCUGGGAGUCGAUAUGCAAGUGGAUACAUUCAAUCACUUCAAUAAGUAGAUUAUCAUAUGAGUUCUUGCAUGCGAGAAAAUAGUUGUAUUUGAAUUGGGAAACAACAAGUUGCUGGUCUUCGAAUAGUCUGAAUUGUAAUCCCAACAAUGGAAGGAAAUUUCUAUGACUAAAUCACAGCCCCGUACCUAGAUACAUGAAUAAAAAUAAUUA